GCGGGGGGAGAGGGCGGAAAGAUCUGUUCAACAAAUUCCGCUCGUCACUUCUGGAUUUCCGCUGCCUGUUGAUAUCGAUCCAAUACCUUCUGGUUUCGGUUGGACCAGGAUCAGGUGAGCUACGGCCUUCCGACAGCGGACGUAUGUGGGACUGUCCUCGGCGACCAGUGCCCGGUGGAGGUUGACUUCCCGUGCCAGCCGAGAAAAUACCGCGCAUUAAACAGCUACUGUAAUAACGUCCAGAAUCCAAAAUGGGGUAACGCCAACACCAGAUAUCCCCGUUUCCUCCCAGCAAAUGACGGCGACGGGGUGUCCGGACCGCGGCAGGCGACCUCGGGUGAUUUUCUCCCGUCGACGUGAGUGAUCAGUCUGGCCCUCCAUCGCGACCAUGAUAUGCCGCACAAGUUUAUGACCUCGGUGGCGGCAGUGUUCGGACAGUUCAUCUCACACGACCUCUCGCAUACGCCGCAGAUGGCAGGGUACAUCGGCCAGCGUCUCCGUUGCUGUGGGGUCAACUUCAGCGACUUCCACCCCGACUGUUACCCGUUUUGCAUCCCCGAUAACGACCCGAUCUAUUUCCCGCUCAAACCGAAGUGCCAGGAAUACGUGAGGUCAGGCACGGCUCCGAGGACUGGGUGCACGCUAGGGCCCAGAGAGCAGAUCAACCAGGUGACAUCCUUCAUCGACGGCUCUGUGAUCUACGGGUCGAGCAAGGAGGAGAGCGAUGAGCUACGAGCGUUCACCAGCGGACUUCUCAGGAUGCAGCGGGGCCCGGGCAGCACACAGAUACUAGCGGAGGAUGACAACCAGAUCGACUGCAAGGCCACGGGAAGAUUUAAGUGUUUCAAAUCCGGUGACGUCCGUGUAAACGAACACAUUGGGGUCGCUGCCAUGCACCAGCUGUUCGUCAGGGAGCACAACCGCAUUGCCACCUUCCUCUCGGAGCUCAACACACACUGGACGGACGAGCAGAUGUUCCAGGAGGCCAGAAGGAUCGUAGGAGCAACACUUCAGCAUAUUACGUUCACUGAGUUCCUUACGUCGAUUCUGGGCCAGGGCAUCAUUGAGAAGUAUGGCCUGGCUCUGCAGUCUUCGGGAUUCUUCGCCAGCUACGACAUCAACAUCAACGCCGGCAUCGCUAACUCUGUGGCCACUCAAGCGCUCCAGUUCGUCGCCUCCAUGAUGCCGAACACAGUGGCUUAUUUUGAAGACGGUCAGAAGGUCAAGGAACGCCCCAUUGCCAGCACCUUCUACGCACCCUUCGACCUUUACGAGCGAGGCAAGUUCGACGAGGUCCUUGAGGGGAUGGUCAGCUCCCACGCCCAGAACGAAGACAUGGCCAUUUCCGAAGCCAUGACCAGCAAGAUGUUCGAGGACGCUAAGACUGGUGUUGGCCUGGACCUGGCGGCACAGAUCCUGCAGCAGGGGCGUGACCACGGCAUCGCUGGAUACAACCGCUGGAGGCACCUCUGCGGCCUCCCGAAAGCUGCCUCCUUCCAAGACCUGAGUGACGUCGUUGCCCCGGAAAACAUCAAGAAACUACAAGGGAUUUAUAAGCAUGUGGAUGAUGUGGAUCUCUUCACCGGUGGACUCGCGGAAAAGCCAAACCGUGGAGCGCUGGUCGGGCCCACGUUUGGCUGUUUGAUUGGUCGCCAGGUCCACUACCUGAGGCGAGGCGAUCGUUACUGGUAUGAGGACGACAUCCUGCCCUCCUCAUUCACUAAGGAACAACUUUACGAGCUCCGCAAGACCAGCCUGGGACGUGUGAUCUGCGACAACAGCGACAAGCUCCAGCACGUCCAGCCCAAGGUCAUGCUGGAGGCUGAUUCCUUCCUGUAAGUAUGAGAAUGACGGUCAAACUAUGAG